AUGGCUGAGGUGAUUGCGAUGCCCGCCAAUGCGGCCGAUCCUGCUGAUGAAGCACGCGAGCGCCUGGAAAAGGGUGUGCGCGAGCUCCAGCGGUACUUUCGUCAAGGCACCCACGUGCCCGAUCGGGAUACUUUGGCCAUGGUGUUGGGCAUGUGCGAUAACCAGGUCGAGGCUGCGAAACGGUUUCUCGAAGGUGCCGAUGAGCCCGCCGCGGCACCAGCUUAUGAUUUAGCUCAGCUGGCCAAAAGCAAUGGCAUGCCUCCCGACUACGCUGCAAACUAUAACCAUCUACCAGCCUUCCCGCGCGCUGAGUUUGUUUCAGACCUGACUCGGGCCCGCGAGCUCCUGUUCACAGAAGGCAGCACCCUUCAGCAACAUCUUGAUGCUCAAAAUCAGGUGUCAGGAGCUUAUACCAAGGUGCUCCGAGCCGCUUUGAUCAACCGCAUCGAGAUGAGCUAUGGCAACAAGGCCCGAGCCUUGGCUGCUGCACUGGCGCGCCGGGACUUUCCUCUGGUCAAUGACAUGAUUGGUCCAGCCUCCACUGGGCUGCUGGGCCCAGACAACGGACAGGCCGAUGUCUUUGGUCUUCCUGAGCUGCUCAAAGCAGUGCGUUUGCUUGACACCGGCCGUGAAGUGCGUCAAUGCUUGUCCAAGCUUGCUGCGACACAAGAUGCGUUGCCUGGCAUGGGUAUGAACAUGGACUUGCUCGACACCAUUACGGCCCCGCAACAAGAGGCAACGGCGCGUCGGGUGCAGGGACGCGGCCGAGGACGCGGUCGGGGACGCGGCCGCGGACGUGGGAGGGGACGUGGCCUUUAUCGUGGCCGGCAUCGCCAUCAUGUCCCUGUCGAGGCCGUCGCUCACGAGAACCCCGAGGCCACGAACCAGGACGGCGAUCAAGCAGACGCAUCAGCCGAGCUCUCCUCGAGUGCGGCCGCUUCAUUUAAACCAACCGCUGCGCUGCGCCGCGCCUUGCGCCAAAUUCGGGCACUACGAGAGCGCGUCAAGGAGCUGCAAAAGGAUUUUGUUCCUGAUAUAUCGCUGUCGGGAGCCCUGUGUCGGCGCCUACGCGCCAUGCUCAAAUCAGUGGCGGCCUCCAAGCUCGAAUAUUUUGCGCUGCAGCUGCCCACCAAGCCAUGGCAGGAGCUGUGUGACCUCAUUCAUCUCAGCCCACGCCAGCUUCAGUUGCCGUGGUUUAUCCCCCGCGUUUUUGGUGAACCCCUUCCCGACGAACACAUGCUAGCGCAGUGUGCGCAGCUGUGUGCCAGCAAUGCCGAGGCCAUUAUCCGCCAGCAUCGACCGCCUUACUCUUUCGUGCGCACUCGUGUUCGCCACUUCGAGCUGAGCCAGGCCACCAAGCUACAAUUGGCUGAAUAUCUUCCUUUGGAUCAGUGCUUGUGGUGGUAUCACGAACUUCGCUGCCAGGGCUUUGAUGCCGCGGUGGCCAGCCGCGUGCAGACGCUCGGGGCCGACUGCAUUACCCUCAACUAUGGCAAGCUGAUGGAACGCCUUUUGUUUCUCCAAACCACGCACCCUGACAGCGAGCUAUUGCCUCUACUGCUGCCCCUCGCCGAGCAGAAGCUGCAUGCGCUGCGCUUGCCCUUGCAGCCUCCGAUUGCGGUUCUGGGCGACGCGUCCUCAUCCAUGGACGUGGCGAUUCGUGUUUCCAUCAUCAUGGCUUCGGUUGUGGCUUCACUCUGCGAGGCGGACUUGGUCUUUUUCAACACUGAGGCUAAGCCCGUAGCGUCACUGCCCCGCUCAGUUCCCGAGGUGCUCAAGUUAGCCACCACGGUGCGGGCCGAGCACCAGACUGCGCCGGCGACUGCUCUGCGCACGUACUACGAGCAGCAACGUCAGCUGCGCUACUUGGUUGUGGUCAGCGACGAGCGCGAGAACGUCAAGGUGGAUGAUAUGUACUUUCCUGCUCUUUUACACAAGUACAAAACUGAGGUGGCACCCAACGUGCGCGUGGUGCUCGUGUCCUUCCUCCAACCCAACGAGCGAGGUCCCAUGGCACAGGCUCUGGAGCAGCUAGGCAUUCCCUUUCGCCACCUCAAGCUCGACGGCAACCUGCCCGACCUCAAAAAGUUGGAUUCCAUCCUGGACGUGAUGGCCCUCGAUGCAGAGGAGGAUGAGCAGCUCCUAGCAGAUAAGCAGCGCUCUACCUAA